CUUUUUCGCUUUCAGUAGUUGGUAGAAUUACCUUGAUGCGACUUAAACCCUUCGCUCUAGAGUUUGAUUGCACUUCCGAGACUCAAAACCCUAACAUUAUUGUGCACAUUCCGAUUCAGAUUUCGUCAGGCCCUACCCACGGAUCGUCUUCAGGAAUGGCGAUGUCAGGCGCUGGAAGGAUUUUUCUCAGAUCAGGUAGCAGGCAAGUGUGGUCACACAAUCAGGUCCUGGCCUCGGCUCUUCUUCAACAAGAGAGAUGGGUUUCUCAAGGAACAAAGAACGCGAGCAAGGAAUCUACAAACUACUCAAAUUCUAGAAAUCUGAAUGAGCGAGAUGACUGGAAAGAAACAGCACGACCUGUGAUCUAUGAGGGCUUAAUGUCCGACACAGUUCGAAGGGUCAAAAUGCUGUCCCUCACUACGUGCUGCCUUUCAGUAGUUGGUGGUCCAAUAGUGACUUUCUUCACCAAUCCUGACCUUUCUGUGAUAAUGAAGGGCGCUCUCUGUUCUACCAUGGUCGUUCUGAGUGCCUCCACCACGUUUGCUCUGCAUUGGUUUGCAAGUCCUUAUGUUCAUAAGUUGACGUGGGUUCCUGGAUCCAAAGAAGUAGAUGUUGAAGUUCUUUCUUGGAUGGCAACAAAGCUAAAAAAGAAGAUCAAGCUUUCAGAUGUUAGAACCCCCUACACGCAGCGUCCUCUUGUCACAUUUGCAGCCAACAAUGAGUAUUAUUUUGUUGAAAAAGACAAUUUCCCGAGCAAGGAGCUUCUUGACCAGCUCGUGCCAGACAAGCGCAAGCAGUAAGGUCUGUCAUCACCAGCGAGGACUUCCCUCUCGUCUGCGAACCUUUUUUUCUAUGCUGAUGGAUUGCUCUUGCGGUCAUCUCUGCUCGGUCAGCUAUUGUUUCCAAUGUUCUUUUUCUCUUGCACGACACGUACAUGUGAAGAGGGGAUCUUAGUUAGGACUUGUAUACGAAUUGUCCAACUUCCAGUUGACCUUUACAAUUACGCAGGGCUCUGUGGCAUUCUAUCUUGUGGAAGUUAUGAGCAGUCCACCAACAUACUAUUCUUCACAAGCUCAGCUCGUGCUAUUUUUUGACAGAGGUCUAGUUAAGCAAGACUUUGUUCCAUCGCAUCACGAUUUACUGAGAAUUAGAAAGGUCCGGUCGACUAGAAGAAGCUAAAUUUUGGUAGACAGGUAACGAAGUCAGCUGCAUCCUACUGUUGAUCCUACAGGUAUGCAGUUUAGAAUCAUGCCUGAAAAGUAGGAGAAUGCGGUGGCUUUCUGUUGGAAACUGGAAGGCUGUGCCUGUAUCAGUCAACCGGAGUGAUCAGAGUGCUCUCUUAAGAAAGUGUGUGUUUUAACACAAUUCGAGAUCCCGGGUAGGAGAAAUGCGAGGUCACGAGAGGAGAGAAUUCAGGUUUAUAUUUCCGAGGUACUGGAUGGAGAUUUAACAGCGAAUGGCUGGUCGUAGAAACCAGGCGAAUUGUACAGCUUCUGUCUCUGGUGCUAUGAUUAUCGGCUGUGAUGAACUGUAAGACUUCAUUAAUUCAAACCAGCAAUUCGUUUCUCCAGUGGAGAAGAAAAUAAAAGUAGUCUUUAGUAUUGGAGCUCUUACUUCUGCCGUUUGUGGCUCUUGAAUAGUCAAUUUCGUCUUCUGUUUGGCUAGAAAAGAAUGAAGCGUUGUUUACAGCGUGAUGAAUAGAAUACCAACUCGAACGCGCAUAUUUUGUAUUGGCCAGCG